CGUGUAUACCUGGCUGCCUCCCUGCACUGCCCACCUUUAGCACGGAUCGGAUUUCUUCUGAUCAUUCACUUUCUUUGCUUCUUCACAAUUGAUCUGUUCAGGGUGUAAAUACCCCUUCCUCCUUUUUUUUGUCGAAACCCGGUCUUUCCCUGGGUGACCACCCCACCUAUUUUGCCCCAGGGUUGUGAUUCUGACAACAUGAACGCCCUCAAGCUUCAGAAGCGUUUUCCGCAGCUUGAUCAAGGCGAGAUCUUUUCGCUCCAGGAUGCAUUCAAUAGAUUGGACGUCGAAGACCGUGGCUAUCUUGAUGAAUCCACCGCGAUCAAAGCCGCCCAACAAUCAGAACGCCAGCCAUAUGAUGUGGUGCGCGCAGCAUUGAAGGAUGUGGAACUCGAUAGCUCCCGGCGUGUGGAACUCGAAGAUUAUGUUGAUGUGCCCGCGCACCAACUACCCCCCGCGGCCGUGAUCCAGGGGGCCGGCGCUGGUACCGGAGCAUCUCGGCAUGUCUCCAAGGGCAGUGUGGGCGGACGAAUCCAUGUCCAGGGAUCAUCUCCCAAUGUCACGCAUACGAUCAACGAAGACGAACGAACCGAGUUCACGCGACACAUCAAUGCCGUCCUAGCGGGCGAUGCGGACGUUGGCAACCUCCUACCUUUCCCCACCGAUACAUUCGAGAUGUUUGAUAAGUGCAAGGAUGGUUUGGUCCUGGCAAAGUUGAUCAACGACAGCGUACCAGACACCAUUGAUGAGCGUGUUUUGAAUAAGGCUGGGAAGAAGAUCAAGCAGCUGAAUGCUUUCCACAUGACCGAGAACAAUAACAUUGUUAUUAACUCUGCCAAGGGUAUCGGAUGCUCGGUUGUUAACAUUGGAAGCGGGGAUAUCAUUGAAGUGCGAGAGCAUCUCAUCCUAGGUCUCAUCUGGCAAAUCAUCCGCCGUGGUCUUCUUGGAAAGAUUGAUAUUAAACUCCACCCGGAGCUUUAUAGGCUUUUGGAUGAAGAUGAAACUCUGGAACAGUUCUUGCGCUUGCCUCCAGAGCAGAUUCUCCUUCGUUGGUUCAACUAUCAUCUCAAGAAUGCCAAGUGGGAUAGACGGGUGACGAACUUCUCUACCGAUGUCAAGGAUGGCGAGAACUACACCGUUCUCCUUAACCAAUUGGCACCCGAUGUUUGCUCGCGUUCCCCCCUCCAAACUCGAGACUUGCUUGAGCGGGCUGAGCAGGUCCUCCAGAACGCCGAUUCGCUGGACUGCCGCAAGUUCCUGACCCCAACCUCACUGGUUGCCGGAAAUCCCAAACUGAACCUUGCCUUUGUCGCCAACCUGUUCAAUACCCACCCAGGACUGGACCCGAUCACGGAGGAGGAAAAGCUUGAAGUUGAAGACUUUGACGCUGAGGGUGAGCGAGAGGCCCGAGUCUUCACUCUAUGGUUGAAUUCGUUGGAUGUUCAGCCUGCGGUCAACUCGCUCUUUGAUGACCUACGCGAUGGCUCUAUUUUGUUGCAGGCAUACGACAAGGUCAUUCCCGGAAGCGUGAACUGGAGACAUGUCAACAAGCCACCAGCGUCUGGUGGUGAAUUGAUGCGGUUCAAGGCCGUUGAAAAUACCAAUUAUGCGAUCGAACUUGGGAAGCACAAUGGUUUCUCUCUUGUCGGCGUCCAGGGCGCUGAUAUCACUGAUGGCCAACGAACUCUCACCCUCGGAUUGGUGUGGCAGCUGAUGCGCCGUGAUAUCACCAACACACUCUCUGCGCUGGCCCAACGGCUGGGCAAACGCGAAAUUACUGACACUGAGAUGAUCCGCUGGGCCAAUGACAUGUCUAGCAGUGGCGGCAAAUCUUCUACGAUACGCAGCUUCAAAGACAAGUCUAUUGGAUCUGGAGUCUUCCUCCUUGAUGUGCUCAACGGCAUGAAGAGUAGCUAUGUGGAUUACGACUUGGUCACACCCGGUCGGACCGACGAAGAGGCUUAUGCAAACGCUAAGCUUUCUAUCAGUAUCGCUAGAAAGAUGGGUGCCACCAUUUGGUUGGUCCCGGAGGACAUCUGUCAAGUUCGGUCUCGUUUGGUUACUACAUUCAUUGGUAAGUUCAUAACCACGUCGGUAUGGCAGGAAUUGCAGUUUCUAACAAAUGAUAGGUUCCCUUAUGGCUACCCACGAGAAGAUGUAAGGAAUACAAUUGUUAUGGACGGCAUUGCAUAUGUUUUUUUUUUUUUUUGUCUUCAAUACAUGUAA